AUGGUGCACUGUGGCCUGGGCCAAAGAGUACAGAAGGUGAUGGUUCAGCCCAUCAACCUCAUCUUCAGAUACUUGCAAAGUAGAUCUCAGAUUCAGGUGAGGCCUUAUGAGCAAGUAAUCAUGCAGGUAGAGGGCUGUAUCACUGAUUUUGAUGAGUACAUGAACCUCAUAUUAGGUGAUGCCAAAGAGAUUCAUUCUGAAACAAAGUCAAGAAAACAACUAGGUUGGAUCGUGCUAAAAGGAGAUAAUAUUACCCUCCUCUAA